UCGCCAUGGCGAGCUGACCCAACCGACCAUCGCUAGCACAUUUGUUAAAAAAUUUGCAACAAGCCAACGAAAAUCGACCAGGAACGGUGGACAGAGAAAACCGCGCGCUCUGCGACGACCACCGUGGGAUGCUCAUACGUAUGCGCAGCCGUGCCGCGGAGUAGACACAGUGCCCGCGACCCGCAAUCCGCGAACCGCCAAUCCCCGAGAAGCCAGCUGCAGCAGAUCCCGCCGAUCGCGCCGCAGACCGAGAUCAUGGGCCUCGACUUCGAUGCGGUCGAGUACUGCAAGGGCGUGAAGAGCCAGCAGGCGCAGCCGCCGUUCGGCUGUCCCGUCCGCGGCUGUGACCGCAGCUACAAGACCAUAAUGGGCCUGCAGUACCAUCUGAUGAAGUACGACCACGACAACCCCCAGCCGCUGACGCCAGUGCUGACUCCCAACCGCAAGAAGGCGCGUUCCCGCUCCGGCGGCCACCACUCGACCCCGCGUCCGCCCAAGGACCAUCCUGCAACCGGUGGCCUGGGCUCGGAGGCCAGAAACGGCUGCUCCUCGCUCGUCACGGGCGGCGGGGCAGCGGCCGGAGGUGGCCCCACUCGGCAGUAUGCCAGCCCCGAGUCCCUGGUGGCCUACAACGAGGAGGAGGCCACGGUUACGUUCAACCUGGACGGAAAAAGUGUGCGCCUGGGCAUCGAUGAUGCGCUUCCGCUCGUGGAGGAUGAGGAGUUCGCCGCCCUGGUGGCCAGGGGCUGCAUUCUCAACGCCGACGCUCCGCCUCUGGAGGAGAACGCGCCCUGGGCGCGGGUCCAGGUGCCAGUGGCCAGGGUGGCUGAGAUCCCCGACUACCGAGUGCCUGACGCCCCGCCGAGGCCGCUGGCUUACUACCGCUUUAUCGAGAAGUCGACGGACGAGCUGGACGGCGAGGUGGAGUACGACGUGGACGAAGAAGAUUCCGCCUGGCUGGAGCACAUGAACGAGGAGCGCCAGCGGCUCGGCCUGAAUGCCGUGGGCAUCGACACAAUGGAACUGCUGAUGGACCGCCUGGAGAAGGAGUCGCACUUCCAGGCGGCGGCCAACGGCACGCCCACGGGCGUCGAGGUCGACGACGACGCAGUCUGCUGCAUUUGCCUAGACGGCGAGUGCCAGAACUCCAACGUGAUACUUUUCUGCGACAUGUGCAACCUGGCGGUGCACCAGGACUGCUACGGGGUGCCCUACAUCCCGGAGGGCCAGUGGCUCUGCCGGCGAUGCCUGCAGUCUCCCAGUAAGCCCGUCAACUGUGUGCUCUGUCCCAACGCAGGAGGCGCCUUCAAGCAAACGGACCACGGCCAGUGGGCGCACGUGGUCUGUGCGCUGUGGAUACCGGAAGUUCGGUUUGCCAACACCGUAUUUCUGGAGCCCAUAGAUUCAAUCGAAACCAUUCCCCCUGCUCGCUGGCGACUCACCUGCUACGUGUGCAAGGAGAAGGGCCUUGGUGCCUGCAUCCAGUGCCAUCGGCACAGCUGCUACGCCGCCUUCCACGUCACCUGCGCCCAACAGGCGGGCCUCUACAUGACCAUGGACACGGUAAAGGACGGCCACAACGAUUCGUCCAUGCACGUCCAGAAGUUCGCCUACUGCCACUCCCACACGCCGGCGGACGCCAAGCUCAAGAUGAACGUGCCCGACUUCGAGGACACGCGCCACAAGAUGCGGGAGGCGCGCAAGGCCCUGGCCAAGAAGCGCUCCACUGCGCCCGUGGUGCUGAUCCCGACGAUUCCGCCGGACCGCGUUCAGGAGAUCGCCACCAUGGUGACCAUGCAGCGCAAGAAGGAGUUCCUCGACCGCAUCAUCGCCUAUUGGACGCUCAAGCGGCACUAUCGCAACGUGCCGCUGCUGCGACGACUCCAGAGCCAAGGCAACAAUCACGGCGUGAUCCAGCGGAACGGCAUCGAAGGAUCGCCGGACACGGGCGAGCUGUACCGGCAGCUCAAGUACUGGCAGUGCCUGCGACAGGACUUGGAGCGGGCGCGCCUGCUGUGCGAACUGGUCCGCAAGCGCGAGAAGCUGAAGGUGGCCUUCGUUCGCAUAUCCGAGGAGGUGGUUAUGCUGCAACUCAACCCGCUGGAGGCUGCUUUGAACAAGCUGCUGGAUGCGCUGGAAGCGCGCGACAGCAUGGAGAUCUUCCGCGAGCCGGUGGACACCAGCGCGGUCCCCGACUACACGGACAUUGUGAAGCAGCCCAUGGAUCUGGGGACCAUGCGGACGAAGCUAAAGGAGUGCCAGUACACCUCGUUGGAGCAGCUAGAAGCUGACUUCGAUCUGAUGAUUCAGAACUGCCUGGCGUACAACAACAAGGACACGGUGUUUUACCGCGCGGGAAUUCGCAUGCGCGACCAGGCAGCACCUCUCUUCGUCCAACUUCGAAAGGAGCUGCAGCGGGACGGGUUGCUGGAGCGAUCGCAGCGUUCCCACGUCGACCACGUGGAGGCGGAGGUGGAGCAGGAGCUACGCCUGCUGCUGGCGGCACCGGCCAGCGAAGGCAUCGUCCAGAAGCUGCUUAUUCUUGCCGACAAGUCCCAGGUUCUGAAGAACCCCAGCUACCGGACCAAGAAAAUCAAGCAGAUUCGGCUGGAGAUCACGCGGAUGCGCAAAAGCCUUCAGAAGGCGAGGUUUGCGGCGCGCUACUCAUCUCACGCCCAAUCCCAAAGCGAUGAGGAAGAUGCUGUUGGAGCCUCGCCUUCGAAAAAACGCACGCGAAAACGGUUGAAUAGCAGUGUCGUCGACAUGGAGCUGGCACACGACGAGGAUGAUGAAGAUGAGGACUCUGAUGAUGAUUCGAUGGGUGAGGGCGACGAUAAUGUAUCGAAGGACUUGCUUAACUCCACGCAAACGCCGCCCUGCAGUCCAAUCAAGAGUCUCAACAACAGUAGCUCACCCGUGGGAAUCAAUCGGAGAACGGCCAUAUUGCUGACGCGCAAGGCGCAAGCUGCUCUGAAGAGACCCUCGGAGCCCUUAACGACGCCUGUGAAGGAGGAACACCACAACUCGCAGUCCUCGAACACCCAGUCCACCAGUGGCAGCUCGUCCUCCGCCACGACGGCGGCCACAGCAGCGUCCAGUGGAACGGGCAACCUGAACCACGUCCUGGCCAGCGCUCCGCCCACGGUUUCCAGCUUUGCGUUGACGCAAAACAGCAACAGUGCUGGCGGAGGAGCCCUUGCAUCGGGAGCCGGAGGUGGUGGGACGUCGUCAGCCGGGGUUGUCACAUCCGCUGGCCUAACCUCUUCGACGCUCGCCAUGAACAGCAAGCUGAACGCGAGUCUGCCCGUCAAGUCGCCAAAGAGGCCGGGUCGUUAUCGCCGACUGCCGGAGGUGAGGCACAGCGCCUCGAUGUCACCAAAGAAGUCGCCCAAUCCGGCGGUGGCCGUCAGUCAAGCGCUGCCUAUGCCCGAUCCCCUGCCCUUCGAGCGAAUACCGGACAGCUUCCGGGUGUACAGGGCCAACAAUCAGCGCGACGUGAGCGACAGCGACGACGCGCCCUCGCAGUCGAGCAGUCCGUGCAGCAGCUGCUCCGACUUCAGCAUGUCGGGCAGCUGCUCCGACUUCGACAGCGACGAGGCGAGCGAAGGCGAUGCGGACGGAGACGGCGGCAGGAGGAGCAGCGAGGAGCGGGACUCGACGUCGCAGGACGGAACCACGGACGCCAUGGACCUGCAGCACGCGAGCCUUAACCACGGCCAGGGAAACAACGGCAACAUGGCCAUCAGCAGUAGCAGCGGAGGGAGUGGCGGCAGCUCCAGCGAGGAGGACGAGGAUGAGGAGCGGCCCUUGAGCGUGCGGCAGAACAAGACGCUGAAAGUGGGCACGCGCAGCACCCCAACUCCGACGACAAUUGCAAGAACAGCCGCCUUGACGGCGUCACGGGGUCGCGGAAAGCGACGCAGCAAUCUCAGCGAGUCCACCAGCUCAACAGCCACGCCCCCACCGCUGCUGCGAAGGGCGGGCAAGCUGCGGUCAGCGACGCCGAACGCAUCUCCGCUGGUGAACAGCAUCAAAGCGCGGCGGAACACCACGGCAGCUGGGAGCACCAUCGCCACGAAUAACAACCGCAGCAAGCACGUCGAGGACUCCGCCUCCGCGGAGAGGCACAAUCACCACGGCCACGGCCAGAAGCCCACGCUGGAGCCGCUGCAGCUGGUGUGGGCCAAGUGCCGCGGGUAUCCUUGGUACCCCGCACUCAUUCUCGACCCCAAGACGCCGAAGGGAUUUGUGUACAACGGGGUGCCGCUGCCCGCUCCGCCCACCGACGUCCUGGCGCUGCGCAAGAACUGCCUGGACGAGAUCGUGUUCCUGGUGCUCUUUUUCGACGUGAAGCGCACCUGGCAGUGGCUGCCGGCCAACAAGCUGGACAUCCUCGGGAUCGACAAGCAGCUGGACCAGCAGAAGCUGGUGGAGUCGCGCAAGCCGGCGGAGCGGAAGGCUGUGAAGAAGGCGUACCAGGACGCGCUGCACUACCAGAGCCAGGUAUCCGACUUGGAGGGCCAAGGACCCGAUCCGAUCAUGUGAAAGCUGAUGGCUCGACUGCAUCUUUAGGCGCCGCUCGAAAGGCUUUAGCCAUUUAGUUAGCUCCCGACAAAAAGGGAUCGCUCGUAUUUUUAUAUCUCGUUUGUUGUUACUCGAUACUCGAAGAUGACGAUGUUGAAGAAGGCCCUCCAUUAGAGUAUUUCGAUGGCGAAUUUCCAAUUUGCACUGCAAGUGUCUUUGAUUUUCGUUUGUUGCCAAGUCACCAGGGAUCGUUUGCCCCUAAACCAUUGUGUACAGUUUUUGUAAUACGCGCAGUUAGCGAAUUCGUUGGAGGAGGAUCCUAUUUUUGUACAUUAUUUGGCUUUUGUGACCACGAUUAUGAAAUGUUAAGUAGAUCCCGAAAUCGGUUCGAAUCACAACAACAUGGAAUUUAUAACCUCAAGUCGAUUCACGCGAAAUCAAAUCAAUGUUUAAGUUAAAUAGUUUUAAGCUCUCCUACAGUUAAGCCCAAAACAACAACAAUAAAAACUAAAAACCACAAAAACAAAGCAAGCGACGCCUCAAGUUAAAAAACGUGUAAAAACUAAAACCGCUGUUUAGAGGAUUAAAUGAUAAUGAACAUUUACAAAUAGCAUUACAAAUUGUAUAGAUGUGUGUGUGCGCUUGAGUCUCUACAUAAAUCGAUUUAUCUCUAUAUGCAUAUAGUGUACGUCUUGAUUUCCAUAUGAACAAAAAUAUAUUUGAUUAUUAUGAUGUAUUAGA